GGGAGGGAGCGCACCCUGCGCCGGCAACCCACGCCGCCCGAGCCGCGGAACCCUCCUCCUCGCUCCCCGUCUCCCUCCAGCUGCCUUGCCUUGCCACAUCCCCCUCUUCUUUUUUUUCUUUUUGAACGCAACACAUCCUCCUCCUCUCCCAUUCUUCUUCUCUUCCCUCUCUUCACGGCUCCGCUCGCCCAGGCCCUUCACGCGCCUCGCCUCCCUCCCUCCCGCACCGUGCUGUAACUCCACUCCACUCAGAUCCAACCAACCCACCGCCAACACCAGCACCAUGCCGCUCCGCGUGGCGGCGGCGGCGGCGCUCGCCCUCCUGCUCUCCUGCUGCUGCCUCACGUCGGCCGAGCCCGACGCCGACAAGGCGGCGCUGCUCGCCUUCCUCGCGGGGGUGGGCCGCGGCGCCGCCGCCCGCGCGCGCAUCAACUGGCCCGCCACCCCGCGCGCCUGCGCCGCCCGCGGGAGCGGCUGGACCGGGGUCACCUGCAGCGCCGACGGCGCCCGCGUCGUCGCGCUGCACCUCCCGGGCCUCGGCCUCUCGGGCCCCGUCCCGCCCGGCACGCUCGCCCGCCUCGACGCGCUGCAGCUGCUCAGCCUCCGCGCCAACAGCCUCUCCGGCCCCUUCCCCGCCGACCUCCUCGCCCUCCCCGCGCUCGCCGGCCUCCACCUCCAGCGCAACGCCUUCUCCGGCCCCGUCCCCGCGGGGCUCGCCGCCCUCCGCGCCCUCCAGGUGCUCGACCUCUCCUACAACCGCUUCGACGGCGACAUCCCCGCCGCGCUCUCCAACCUCACCCACCUCGUCGCGCUUAACCUCUCCAACAACUCGCUCGCCGGCCGCGUCCCGGACCUCGGCCUCCCGGCGCUCCAGUACCUCAACCUCUCCAACAACCACCUCGACGGGCCCGUGCCGCCCUCCCUCCUCCGGUUCGCGGACGCCGCGUUCGCCGGGAACAACGUCACGCGGACGGCGGCGCCGGUGUCGCCGUCGGCGCAAACGCCGCCCUCGCCGCUGACCCCGCCUGCCACCGCCGGCGCGCCCGCGAGGAGGCGGGUGCGGCUCAGCGAGACGGCCAUCCUCGCCAUGGCGGUCGGCGGCUCCGUCCUCGUCUUCGCCGUCGCCGCGGUGUCCUUCAUUGGGUUCUGCAGCAGGGACGCCGCCGACGAGAUAGGCGCCGCGGCGUCCGGGAAGGGCGGGGACAAGAUGGGGAGGGAGUCGCCCGAGUCCAAGGCCGUCAUUGGCAAGGCCGGGGACGGCAACCGGAUGGUGUUCUUCGAGGGCCCCUCGCUGGCCUUCGACCUCGAGGACCUGCUCCGGGCCUCUGCCGAGGUCCUCGGGAAGGGCGCCUUCGGGACGGCGUACCGGGCGGUGCUCGAGGAUGCCACCACCGUCGUGGUCAAGAGGCUCAAGGAUGUCAAUGCCGGCCGGAGAGAGUUCGAGCAGCAGAUGGAGCUGGUCGGCCGGAUUCGCCAUGACAACGUCGUCGAGCUCCGUGCUUACUACUACUCCAAGGACGAGAAGCUGCUUGUGUAUGAUUACUACAGCAGGGGAAGUGUAUCCAACAUGCUUCAUGGGAAGAGGGGAGAGGACAGAAUACCUCUGGACUGGCAAACCAGGUUAAAGAUUGCCCUGGGAGCAGCAAGAGGAAUCGCUCACAUUCACACCGAGAACAACGGGAGAUUUGUUCAUGGCAACAUCAAGGCCUCCAAUGUGUUCAUCAACAGCCACGAGUACGGCUGCAUCUCAGACCUCGGCUUGGCUUCACUUAUGAACCCGAUCACCGCAAGGUCCCGUUCUCUAGGGUACUGCGCGCCAGAGGUCACCGACACGAGGAAAGCAUCCCAGUCUUCAGACGUCUACAGCUUCGGCGUCUUCAUACUGGAGCUCCUGACCGGGAAGUCACCUGUCCAGAUAACCGGCGGAGGCAAUGAGGUCAUCCACCUGGUGAGGUGGGUGCAGUCCGUCGUCCGGGAGGAGUGGACCGCCGAAGUGUUUGACGGCGAGCUGCUGCGGUACCCCAACAUCGAGGAGGAGAUGGUGGAGAUGCUCCAGAUCGCCAUGGCAUGCGUGUCGAGGACCCCGGAGCGGCGGCCCAAGAUGGCAGACGUGGUCAGAACGAUCGGGGAGGUGCGGAGGGCCGACACCGGGACACGGCCGUCGACGGAGGCGUCCACCCCGGCCGUGGAGGCAGCCCAGAGCGGGGCGGAGAGCUCGUCGGCAGCACAAUGAGUGAGCGAGUUCAUUGGAUGCUUGCUGCUGGUAUUCGUUGUUCUUGUGUUUCUGCACGGUUGGGCGCACGGAUGGUCGAUUCUGUGCUCCGGCGGGUGUUGUACCAUUCUUUUGUGUUAAGGUUCCAUGUUACGGAAUUGUAACAGAAUGUCAUGUGGACGUGGUUCGAUUACGCAGCAAUUGCUCGCUGCUGAUUAUCUCUAAGCUAAGGAAGGAAAAACUAAUGUCUGAUCUGCUGACACUUCAU